AUGGAGGUUUCUUACGGAGAAGCCGGCUACAAAGGGCUCAUUCGUGAGCCUUACAUCUUCUUCCUUGCAUGUUUCGCAAGUAUUGGCGGUGUGUUAUUUGGCUACGAUCAGGGCGUAAUCAGCGGCGUUCUGGUAAUGAACAACUUCGCCAAGCAGUUCCCGACACUCUCCGAAGACGCAACACUUCAAGGAUGGAUGGUGGCUGUGCUGACACUCGGCGCCAUGGUCGGUGCUCUGGUUAACGGUCCGAUUGCUGACGGUCUCUCCCGCCGCUGGACGAUCCUCCUUGCCAACGCCAUCUUCCUCUUCGGCUCCAUCAUACAGGCGGCGUCGGUGAACGUCCCGAUGAUCUUCAUCGGCCGUUUCAUCGCCGGAGUGUCGAUUGGUCAACUGUCCAUGGUCGUCCCCCUGUACCUCAGCGAACUAGCGCCUCCGAAUCUUCGUGGCAGUCUCGUCGCCCUACAGCAGCUCGGUAUCACGGUUGGGAUAAUGGUUGCGUUCUGGUUAGACUAUGGCACACAGCACAUAGGCGGAACCGGUGACGGCCAGUCACCCGCGGCGUGGAGAUUCCCGCUCGCUCUCCAGUGUGUGCCCUCGAUGAUCCUGGCCGGCGGUACAUUCUUCCUACCGUACACGCCCCGGUGGCUGCUGAUGAAAGACCGCGAGGAAGAGGCCUGGCUCACACUCGUCCGCAUCCGACGCGUUCCCCAGACCGAUCCCCGGCUGAAGCUCGAGCUGAUGGAGAUCAAAGUCGCCGCCCGGUUCGACAAUGAGACGACCGCCGAGAUGUAUCCCGGAGUCAUCUCGAAGCUGCAGCUCACCGUCCAGCGAUACAAGUCGCUGUUCGUCGUCCGCCACCUCAACCGCCGCCUGCUCAUCGCGUGUCUGCUCCAGGUUAUCCAGCAAUUCACGGGCAUCAACGCCAUAAUAUACUAUGCGCCGAAGAUAUUCCAGAACAUUGGUCUCUCGGGCAACUCUGUCGACCUGCUGGCGACCGGCGUGGUCGGAGUCAUCAACUUCUUCUCCACAAUACCCGCCAUCAUGUACAUGGACCGCUGGGGACGCAAGAAGGUGCUGCUCAUCGGCGGAGUCGGCAUGGGCGUCUCCCAGCUCAUCGUCGGGACGCUCUAUGCCGUCUACAGAGACUCCUGGGCGAGCAACAAGUCGGCGGGCUGGGCUGCUGCAUUUUUUGUCUGGGCAUACAUCGCGAACUUUGCCUUCAGCAUCGGAUGCGUCAACUGGAUUAUCCCGUCCGAGAUCUUUCCGCCCGGCGUCAGAUCACAGGCUGUCGGGCUGGCUAUUGGGACGAAUUGGCUGAGCAAUUUCAUCGUUGCUCUGAUCACGCCGAGGAUGCUCGAGGCCAUCACCUUUGGCACAUUCUAUUUCUUCCUCGCCUUUUGUGUCAUACUCAUCGUCUGGGUGUUUUUCUUCGUUCCAGAAACCAAGGGGGUCCGGAUCGAGGAGAUGGAUAAGCUGUUCGGCGGCAAUCAAGGGUCGGCGGACAUGGCUAGAAUGGUUACCAUUAGGCGUGAAUUGGGUCUCGUUCCUGAUGGGGCCAACCUGAAAGCGAAGGAAGACGUCGAUAUGGGGGUUAGUGAGAUUGAGAAGGCCUAA